AUGACGACGACUAUCACAGUGACUCUACCAUUUCUUCUGCUUCUCUUAGCAGCAAUACUUCCGGCGUCAGUCUCCGGCAAAUGCACCACCACCACCGCGACUAAAACAUUCGCGAAAUGCAUCUCUUUACCGACGCAACAAGCCUCAAUCGCGUGGACAUACCAUCCGAACAACGCAACUCUCGACCUCUGCUUCUUCGGAACUUUCAUCUCACCUUCCGGUUGGGUCGGGUGGGGGAUUAACCCGGACUCUCCGGCUCAGAUGACCGGCUCCAGAGUCCUCGUCGCGUUUCCGGAUCCGAACUCCGGCCAGCUCAUCCUCCUCCCUUACGUUCUUGAUUCCUCUGUCAAGCUCCAGAAAUCUCCUCUGCUUUCUCGUCCCCUCGACCUCCUCCGUCUCUCUUCCUCCUCUGCUUCUCUCUACGGCGGUAACAUGGCCACAAUCCGCAACGGCGCCUCCGUUCAGAUUUACGCCUCCGUCAAACUCUCCUCCAACAACACCAAGAUCCACCAUGUGUGGAACAGAGGACUCUACGUUCAAGGCUACUCUCCCACUAUUCAUCCAACCACUUCCACUGAUCUCUCCUCCUUCUCCACCUUCGAUGUCACUUCAGGAUUUGCAACGGUUAACCGAAACAGCGGUUCGAGAGCUCUGAAAGUGACGCACGGAGUAAUCAACGCGGUGGCUUGGGGUUUACUCCUUCCGGCGGGAGCGGUAACAGCUAGAUACCUUCGUCAAAUGCAAUCAAUCGGACCAACUUGGUUCUACAUCCACGCAGCUAUACAGCUAACCGGUUUCCUCCUCGGAACUAUAGGCUUCUCAUUGGGGAUCGUGCUCGGCCGGAACUCUCCAGGAGUGACCUAUGGCUUACACCGGAGCCUCGGGAUAGCUACGUUCGUUGCGGCUGCGCUGCAGACGCUGGCGUUGCUGUUUAGACCAAAGACGACGAACAAGUUCAGGAGGUAUUGGAAGUCUUACCAUCAUUUUGUUGGGUAUGGUUGCGUGGUGAUGGGUGUGGUGAAUGUGUUCCAAGGGUUUGAGGUUUUGAGGGAAGGAGGGUCGUAUGCGAAGCUGGGUUACUGUAUGUGUCUGUCGACGCUGGUUGGGGUCUGUGUGGCCAUGGAAGUUAACUCUUGGGUUGUGUUUUGUCGUAAGGCUAAAGAGGAGAAGAUGAAGAGAGAUGGUUUGGUCGGCGAGGAUAGAUGCAGUGGGGCUCAUUCAUAG